UAUAAAUAGUCAGACCUAUUUGAAACACGGCGCGUGGCGCUACACUGUGCACAGUUGAUAUUAUAACGCAAGUAUUUAUCUAUCGUGUUACGACACAUCUGAUAAAAAUGUGAUGAGUGAAAUAUAACAAUACGGGAAGUGUUAAUAGUGAAUUACAAACGUCGAUGCUUGUUAGUGUGCGUGUUUGUUGCGAUGGCUAAAAAAUGUGAAUGGAACACGCCGUUCAAGAAGCAGUGCUUCGUCACAAUAGGCGUUUGUCUGAACAUGUCCGGGCAUGGCUUGGUCAUGGGUUUUGCUGCCAUACUGCUGCCACAGCUCCGAAAACCAGAUUCCAUUAUACCAAUUGACGAAUCAUCUGGCUCUUGGAUAGCUUCCAUCCUGGGUUUCGCGUUGGUAGCAGGCAACUUCAUAGCACCCACUAUAAUGGCCAAAUAUGGUAGAAGAACAGCUAACUUGGUGAGCAUCGUGCCAAUGCUGGUUGGUUGGUUCUGCAUCAUCAUAGCGACAAGUAUACCCUUACUGCUAUUCGCCAGAUUUCUCCAGGGGAUAUCCAUGGGCAUGAGCGCAACAUUGGGACCAGUUUUAAUCGGUGAAUACACAAGCCCAAACAAUCGAGGUGCAUUUUUAACAAGCAUAUCCUUGACUAUUGCAAUUGGGGUUUUAACUGUGCAUUCCUUGGGGUCUUAUUUGCCUUGGCAGACUGCGGCGUUGGUUUGCGCAUUCAUAGUCUUUAUUGAUUUGUUAAUUGUGAUCUAUUCACCAGAAUCGCCCAGUUGGUUAUCUGAUCAAGGUAGAUAUGAGGAUUGCAGAAAAGUAUUUAGAUGGUUGAGAGGAGACGGCGAGGAAGAGGAACUGAAGGAGAUGAUCGAAGCCAGUGUUAUAUUAAGAGAAUCGAAAGACGAAGCGAACUUGUCUGAAUCAUUUUUAAAGAAAAUGAAAGCUGGUGUUGCUUAUUUUAAUAAUACAGUACUAAAGAAAGAGUUUUACAAGCCAAUAUUUAUUAUGAUGCACGUAUAUACUUUGGGACAGUGGGCUGGUGCGAACAUCUUGGCAGCGUACACUACAGAUAUCUUCCAAAAUGUAGUAGGCGAUGGCACUAAUAUACCCCUUAUGAUUAUUACGUUGGAUAUCCAGAGAAUCAUUUCGAAUUCUUGUGCUGUUUACGUUAUCAAGAAGAUCAAACGACGCACCAUGCUUUUCAUCACUGUGGGCAUUAACCUUUUUGCUUUUCUUUCAAUCGCUGGAUACACAUAUUGCAAAGCGCAACACCUUUUACCGUUCGACCAUCCAGCAAUAGGCAUUUUAUUGAUACAUAUCCAUAUGUUCUCUAUAGCUACUGGUACCGUUCCGUUACCCUUCAUCAUAGCUGGAGAACUGUUCCCAUUAGAAUAUAGGAGUCUAGCUGGCGGUAUCAGCGUUCUGUUCUUAUCUUCGAAUCUUUUCAUCACAGUUAAAACUGUGCCUAUUUUGUUUAAAUCUGUAGGAAUCUACGGAGCCUAUUUGUUAUAUUUCGCCGUGGUAGGAUAUUGUUUAGUUAUAGCUGGACUGUUUCUACCAGAAACGAAAGAUAGAACUCUUCAAGAUAUAGAGAAUGAGUUUAGAGGUAGACCGUUGACUGCAGACGAAUUAAAAUCUGUACAGUCUUUGACAUCUUGGAAACAGCACAGUAAAGACAGAAGAUGUAGCAGCCCAUUAAUUUAACUUGAUAGUACGUUGUUGGUGUACCAAUGCACUACCAAUGCGGUUACUAAACUUUAAACUUUACAGAAUACUCAACGAACUCCUGUUACUCUAGAAAAUUUUACAACUAAUUAGGAAUAAUAGAAAAAUUGUAUUGUAUUAUAAAAUCCUUAUGGUACACAAUAAUAUAUUGGACACAUUAAAAGAUGUAAUAUACAAUGACGCUUUAAAAUAAAUGGAAAUAAUGAACAAAAGCAUUCUAUUUGAAAGCGAAUCAUCAGAACGUUAAUUAGUAUACUCAUGGAAUUAUUAAGUAUACUCUAGAGUCAGUUUGGAGUGUUUUGCCAGUAGUUACCACGCUUAGCAGGCGGAUUAGCAACCGCAGUUUGGCUUAAGAUGUUUUAAGAAGGACGCUGCUGCCCAUCCCUUGCCCGCCCUUAGUCGCCUCUUACGACGUCCACGGGAAAGGACGGGGUGGCCUAUUCUAUGCCGGGACCACACGGUAAUACUCUAGUAUACUAUUACUAAUUCCGAUUAUUAUAUUAAUUUAUAAAGCUUAUAUUUACAAGCUUUAAAAGGUAUAACAUAUUUGUUAGUUUAAGAAUAAUCCGUUAAGUUUCUAAAAUUUUCAAUUUACGGCUUUGAAAUAUGAUCACGUGUGGUCCUUAUACUACACCUACGUAUAUUAAGUUUCAACACAAUUUAAUGAAAAUGUAAGCAAGUCUUGUUGAAAUUAACACAGAAAUAUAUAUUAAUAAAAAUUUAAAACAUUCAAGCAAUUAAUUGAUUUUUGCUGUUAUUGCGAGGUUCCACAAAUAAUACAGUCACGUCUUACAUAAGUUUUUAUUUCAUGACGAUUAUACAUGUCCUGAUCACAAUUCUUGUCGCUUUAGAUAAUUAAACUUAAGUAGUUUAUUAUACUAUGAGUAAUGUGUUGACAGCUAAACUGCUUUUAACAAAGAUUUCGGAAUAGAAACUCGUAGAUGGAAUGCAUAAUACACAUAGUGUAUUGCUCGUUGUAUUUAUGACAUUGCCAAUGCGUUAGAGAGAGAUAGACAUAUAAAAAUGCAUCUGCCUUUUGACUAGUUCGUAGAAGUCGAGUUCAUUUGUUUUAGUACGUUUGUUCCGUUGUGGAACAGGCUAAGGUCGGAGACCAUGCUGCCUAGUUUUCAAUAAUCAUACUGUCUGGAAUAAUCAAAUUCAUCAAGAUAUGUCACUUGGUUUUAUUGGCCGUAUAACCCUACGGAAUUUAGAUACUACCUGCUUGCAUACUUUCUACAUAAACUGUGUCGAAUAUGUAAUGUAGUAAUGUAAAAUUUGUUAUUGGCAAAUAAUUGACAUAUCAAUAUGAGCAAAAAUUUUACGUACACACUUCCUAUACACUAACGUGCUAUAAAUUGAGAAAAAUAGCAACUGAUGGUAUAUCUUUCGUUCUCUUUUUAGUAAUUAUAUUUGCAUAAGAAGAAAGGAAGUAACCAUAUGAUUUAUAGUUUUUAUUUUAUCAUUCCUUCCUUGUUCUUAGCUUUAACAAAAUGACUCACUAGUUUUGCAUAUUGGCGGGAGCGCGACUGUGGCGCCACCAAUACACAUAAAUUGCAAUGUUUUACAAAACUAAAACUGUAUUUCCGGUUGUUUUAAUAACAAUUAAAUUGAUAAGAAGAUUUUAAUCAUGAAUCUGGCAUACGUUAACAAUUAUAUUAUGUUUUUAUGAAUUUAAGCUAUCACUAUGGACUACUACAUGAGUGCAGUAUUAAAUUGUCAUUAGCAAUAGAUUUGGAUUGAGUUCGAUGUUGGAUUCAAGAGUUAUCCUACUGUUUGUUUGUUUGUUUGUUUAUUGAUUAUUAUUAUAAUUUAAUUGCUUUCUAUUUGUAUACAAUUAUUAUUUUCUUUUGUUUGUUUUGUUUUGAUUUCUUUUGUUCUUGUUUUGUGCGCUACUGUGUGGGCCGCAUGCUUCUUCGAUUAAAUUAUUUCUUUCUUUCUUUCUUACUAUCAGCAGAUUGAGUCAAGUAAACUGUUUUCUUACAUUUUCAUUAAAUUCCAUUAAUACUAAUUUAAUAUAAUAAUAUAAUAAGCUUCGUUAAUAGUCUUACAAAUUUUAAUUAUUAACAGAGCCCUUCUAACUUUAGAAUUUAACAUCAAAACUAAGAGUUUCAAGUCUUAGUUUUAAUGAAAUCGCUGUGCUUAGAUCCAAUCAUUUAUUUUUGGUACAAAUCACGUGUGAUUUAAUAGUUGUAAAGUGAUGGAGUGAUUGACAAAUUUGAGUACGAUGAAGCAUCACGGACUCUCUUCAUGUCUGUUCUUUGAGUAUCACAAAUUAAUAUUGAUGUAUUAUUUUUUUAAAAAGUACUUAAUUUCCUAGUUAUAUUAUUCAUCUGUGUGAUAAUUAUGAUUAUUAUAGGCGCCUUAGCUUAAUGUUACUUAAUAUAUUUGAAAAUAUUGUAAAAUAUUGCAUUUGUAAAUUCCAAAAUUAUUAACAGGUUGAAAAAUGUAAAUACCUUCAAUCAACAAACUACGUCAGAAAAAAAGUGAUGGAAAAAAGUGAUGGAAAAAAGGAUUUGGAAAAAAGUGAUGGUAAUAUUUAGUAACCAAUAUAUAUUUGUUUAUUUAUUUAUAACAUUAUUAAUUUCAUGGGAGCUACUAAAUUGUAAUACAUCCAGCCAGGAUAGUAGAGACGUUCGGGUUCGAAUCCCGUGUGAUCGAAUCGACGGAUGGUAAAUUUUUCAACCUAUUUUAUAAUUACAUAGCACAAAUUGUGAGUCGAAAAUAAAAAUUAUUUUUGUAAAUAGCAUAAGUGCCGUCUCUCUACACCAUUAUGUGAAAUUCGGGUACUAAUGGUAAGAGACGAGGCACUCCCCAAAUUAUUAUUUUUAGACGAAUUUAAUAAUAGGAUAGAAAUGUAAAUUAUUUAGUUUCAUAUCUGUGAUUCAAAUAUAUUUGUAGAAAAAUAACGUGCAAUUAGAUAGAUGGUAAAUAAUUGAAAAUUUAAUAUUAAGAAAUUUAACAACAUGGCGACUUCAAUAAUAUUACAUCUGAUGUUUAUUACUAGUCUGUAUUGACACAAAUUUAUAAUUUACUGGGUACAGAGGAAUGAUACCUGAGUCCUGAGGAAUGACAACGCAUGGGGGGUAUCAUGGGCGAAACAGUAUACUCUGUUAUGUCCAUGGUACUGCUCAUGUCUAUAGGCGACGGUUACCACUUUCCAUCAGGUGGGCCGUCAGCUUGUUUGCCAUUUUAAGUUGUAUAAAAAAAGUUAAUUUAAACUUUUGUUGCAUUGUUUAAACGUAUUUUAAAUACACUUUCGGGACUUAACGGAAUGAAAAUUUUUUUGCAAGUAAAUAGUACCUACAUACCUGCUUCUUUAUUGCCGACGUUUCGACGUGGAUUGCACCGCGUCGUCAUCACGACUUGGCAAUUUUUUCAUCUCAUUAAAUCCCAAUAGUGUUUAUUUAAAUAGUUUAUUAAAAUAAAAUUGUUAAGUAAAAAUAGUUAAUUUAAAAUUUAUAAUUGUAAAAUUUACUUUUGUUUGAAAAAAAAAAACAAUAACUGUGUUUCUUGUUUUCCUCGGUUGCAAAUUGCAAUCCAAUGGGCGGUAAUUAUAAAAAAUGAUUGUUUAAAAUUAUUAACAUUAACUUUACUUAAAUAAAAAUUAUUCCUAUGGGACCACAACAAUUAAAAAAAAUAUCAGACGCUUCAGAUAUGGUAGUAAUACAGUAUACUUAAAAAAAGCAAUAAAUAAUCUUUUUCUUUUUAAAAAAUCAAAUGUUCUUUAUUAUUUUUUAAAUUCAUAAUAAUGGAUAGAAAAUUAAUAUUAAAAAAUGUCUAGAAAUAAAAAGGAAUACGACAUUUUAUAAUCUUUUCGAUAUGUGUUUAUAAAAGCUAUUAUUUUAUUGACUUUGAAAUUUUAUUUUUAAAUCCUUCUUCAAUAUUUUUAGCUUAGAAAAUUGCACCAAGCAAAAAGAGUUUGUUUUUCAAACUGACUUUAAAAAGAAGAAGUUUUUUUUUUAAUGUUUGUUACCUCAUAACUCCGUCGGUUCUAACCGCUUUAGGAUUUUUUUUUUUAUCUGAAAAGAUAUAAAUUAGUCUCAUAGAAAUUUUAUCAAAAUAGGUUUUGUAGUUUAAUUUUUAGACCACGAUAACUGAUUUUGUUACUAUUGUAGUAGGUCUUUUGUGGGACACAGUUUUUAAUUAAGUUCAAAAUAGUGUACAAAAUAUAGGAAGGAAUUGAUGAUUAAAAGAAAUAUACAGAGAUACCUAGUAUUCUGUUAUGUCCAUGAUGCUGUUCAAGUUUACCACUUACCAUCAGGUGCACCGUCAGUUUGUUACAAUUGAAUGUUGGGGGGAAAAAUAUAAAAUUUGUCAUUUCAUGGUCACAAUUUGAGUUAUACAUAUAAUGUCAUAUAACCUCCUAUUAUAUUAAUUUAUUUAUAAAUUACUCUUCAUACUUACAGUAUCCCAAAAACGCGUAGUGAGCCAUAGGUUUAUUUUACAAAACUAAAAAAAAAUUUUAAACAACAUUUAAAAAAUAUAUAUAUUUUGUCAUUAAAUAUAUCAAUAUCUGGCUGCUGAGCAAUUAGAGAAUUGAGCAGAGAAAUAGCCUGAUAAGUGGGAGCAAACUGAGCAGUACAGGUGCGAACCGGCGGUGCCGAUAGUAGUCGACAAGCACGCAAUCGCAUAUAUAUGUAUAUAGAUAUCAACUGAUAGUAUCUAAAACCUAUGAUACUCAAGAUAAAACACUAGUGAACACUUCAUUUCACUCCUUCCUUCAAAUUCCCAGUCAGUCGGUCGCUAAGAGCGGCUAAAUAAAUCUCUAGAUAUGUAUGAUACUAAAAUCAAAUUAUAUUUUUAUUAAAUUUCCAUACAGCAUGUAAACAUAAAUUUAAACAAUAUAAUAUCAGCCUUUAACUGUCCACUGCUAAACAUAAGCCUCCCCCUUGGGGGGUUUUGCCAGUAGUUGCCACGCUUGGCAGACGGAUUAGCAGCCGCAGUCAGGCUUUAGACGCUGCUGCCCUUCUCGUCCUCCCUUAGUCGAUUCUUACGACAUCCAUGGGAAGGAAGGGGUGGCCUAUUCUAUGCCGGGACCACACGGCCACGUGUAAAAUAAUAAAUUAUAGAUUUUUAGAAAACCAAAAUUUAUUUUAACAUACAGUUGAUAAAAUUAAUAAUUAUUGUUAAAAUAUAAAGUCUUUUAAGUUAUUUAUAAAGUAUUUAGUAAAGAAAGAGAAGAAUUCAUGCGCCACUUUAACUUAAAUAUAUUUAAUGUUGGUCUUAUUUCAUUUAUACUAGCUGAACUAAAACCAUAAGUUUUUUGAACAUCUUUGUAAAUUAUUGAUGCCCAUUAAUGCUUCUCUUUUCGCGUCUAGGGACAGUAGAUAAAGUUUUGUUUGAGAAAUCAGUUCAGGGUACGAUAGUACUGAUGUACCUGAAGAAGGUAAAAGCCCUUAAAAUAAUAAUAAAAAAAAAAAGUAUUUAGUAAUAUAGUGUACAAAAAAAAUUUUGGAAAAUCGAUUUUUACCUAUAGCUUCAGGUGUAAAGAAGAUAAUUUGUCAUAUCUCCUAUUUUAUAUACAAUUUUCGAAAAAUUUAAAAUUUUAGAUAAUGGAUUUGCUUCUAAAGUUAACAUUCAUUAUUCUAUUUUAUAAUACUAUGUCAAAACCUUACAUUAUGUAGAUAAUCUCAUAUUAGUUUCUUUACCAGAAACAGGUCAAUGUAUUAUCCAUGUGUGCGUGAAUCGGGUUACCGUAACGUACAUUUAUUAUUCAGAAUAAGGAAAUAAAAAUAUUUUGUAAGAUUAAAUUGAAAAAUAAAAGCGAUACUAAAUUCUUACGAAUGAAUUUAAAAGAAUAAACAAUACGCAAUGAUACGUAAUGAUGCUUAUCUUUACUGAUUACUUUAAUUUAUAUUAUCAAAUUAAGACUUAAAAUAUGUUGUCGCUUUUAAAUCAUUGAAAAUGGCCGCCAUUUUAAAUAAUACAUAUGUAUAAAAUUGUAAACAAUACGGAAAUAUUUAUAUGAUACCAUAUAGAAAAAAUAGUUCCAAAUUCAAAUUUAAAAAAUCAACUUGAUUUAGGAGAUUUUUAAUUCAAUUACUAGCAACACAAACAAAAAUGGCGUUUUUGGUUUUAAUUUAAAAAAGUAUGUGUCAAAAUUUAAUCAGUCCAAUGUCAGUUUAGCUGACUAAAAGUGAUCCGUUUUCGAAAUUCGAUGCUCUAUCUAAGCAUAUAAUUUUAAGAACAAGAAUUACAUAGAAGGAGUGAUAAAAUUGUCAAUUCAUAGCAGGCCAUGUUAACAUACAAAUGUUAUACGGCCGUAUAACCCUACCAAAUUCAGAUACAACCUGCUCGCAUACUUUCUACAUAAACUGUGUCGAAUAUAUAAUCUAGUAAUGUAAAAGUUGUUACUGACAAAUAAUUGAGAUAUUAAAUAUUUUCAUUCUCUCUCUCUCUCUCUCUCUCUGUUCAGUCGGACACUCUUGGCAGAGUGGUCGUGGUUUUCACAAUGACGGUGGAUCGUCGGUGAGGCUCUCCUUCGCAAUUGAGGUUCUCGCAAUAUGUCUCCAUCUACUUCUGUUCGCCGCCGAGCGAGAGCAUUCCACAAUAGAUUUCUGUGUGGCCGUUUUGACGAGGUCAGUCCAUCGCGUUGGCGAUCUUCCCCGAGAACGUUUGCCUUGUACCGCUCCUUGGACAAUUAAACGUUCCAUACAAUCUUCAUUCCGGAUGAUAUGGCCGAAGUAUUUGAGAAUUCGUAUACGAACAGUUGACGACAAUCUCUCUCUGAUUUUCAGUUCAUUCAGAAUGGAAACGUUAGUUCGAAAGGCAGUCCAAGGUAUUUUCUAUACACUAGCCUGCUAUGAAUUGAGAAAAAUGACAACUGCUAGUGUAUCUUUCAUCCUCUUUUUACUAAUUAUAUUUGCAUAAGAAGGAAAGAGGCAACCAUAUGAUUUACAAUUUUGAUUUUAUCAUUCCUUCUAUGAAAUUCUUUGUUCUUAGAUCUCUUAGAUCUAAGGUCAAAACUUAUAAUUUGGUAUAAUGAAAUUAUUUAAUUGAAAAUAUAAUAUACUACUACAAAUACAGAUGCCAUAUUUGUGUUGCUAGAAUAAUAAUCAGGAUACUGGCUAUCGAUAAUUUAGUAAACUUACUGUCAUCAUCAUCAUCAUCAUAUCAGCCGUUAACUGUCUCCUGGUGAACAUAGGUCUCCCUCUUUGGGGGGGGGGGGAGGAGGUUGCCAAUAGUUACACGUAGUAAUUGGCAGGCAAGGAGACCACAGUUAGACUUUGGUGAUGUUUUAAGAGGGACGCUGCUGCCCAUCCCUCGAUGACUUACCUUAGUCGCCUUUUAUGACUUACUGUAUUCGUCUAUAAUGAUCUUACAGUAUUUUUUUUUUAUAUCCAGUAGCAUAUUUAUAUAGAAUAUAAUUCUAAAAACACGUUAAAAAUUCCAAAAUAUUUGUUUAAAUGUAAAAUGUUCUAGUUUUGAUAUAAUUUAUAUACUCAAUGAUUAUUUAUUAUCAUUAUUGUAAUAAAUUUAUAGUGAUAUUUUAAUUAAGUUAUAUAAUAAAUUAUUAAUGAUA